UUCCUCAGCCUUCUGGAAGAUGGAAGUGAAUACAAAUCAGCUGCUCUCUUUCUGCUGCUUACUUUUUCUGGCUGGCUCUUCCAGUGGUGGCAAGAUCCUGGUGUUUCCAGAGGAUGGCAGCCAUUGGCUGAAUAUGCAGGUCAUAAUGAAGAAGCUGCAUGUUCAUGGCCACAAUUUGACAGUGGUGCGAUCUUCCAGGAGUCUGUACAUUCAGGCCAGCUCUCCCCUCUACGCCAUAAUUACUGUUAACAUCACUCAAAAAGAACCUGUGGAUGCAGGAUAUUUUAGGACCUUAUUGCAGCGGUCAAUAGCACUACGUACGAUGUCACCAAUCGUGCGCUUCUUUGAGCAGCAGAAAGAUGUGGCAACUAUGCUGCAAAUAUUCCACAGUGGAGCUCUUUCCCUGAUUUCCACCAUGCUUGACGACUCAACACUAAUGAAACAACUGCAGGAUGCUAAGUUUGACCUAAUGCUAACUGACCCCGCUUUCCCUGCUGGGGUUCUUCUGGCCAACUAUCUCCAUUUACCCAUGGUGUAUAAUGUGCGCUGGCUCAAUGCCGGAGAUGCACAUAUGGCCAUUGCUCCAUCACCACCGUCCCAUGUUCCCAUGUACAACUCACUGUUCAGUGAAAAAAUGGACUUUCUGCAGAGGAUCGAGAACUUCCUUCGAUAUGUGGUCAGCUGCCUACAGGAACAAUUCGUUAUCGUCCCCAUUUAUGACAAACUGUUAAAAAAACACUUUCCACCAAACUCAGAUCUCCUCACCAUGCAGCGUUCAGCAGACAUUUGGCUGAUGCGUGUUGACUUCAUCUUUGAAUUCCCACGCCCUAGCAUGCCUAACGUUGUCUACAUGGGUGGCUUCCAGUGUCGCCCAUCCCAACCCGUUUCUGCAGAGCUGGAGGAUUUUAUGCAGAGUUCUGGGGAGCAUGGAGUGGUGGUCGUGUCUCAGGGAGUCAUUGUCACUGCCCUUCCCAAAGAAAUCACAGAAGCCAUCGCCUCUGCCUUUGCUAAGCUACCUCAGAAGGUCAUAUGGCGGUACAUGGGGGAACGACCUUCAUCUCUGGGUAACAACACAUUGUUACUUGAUUGGCUUCCUCAAAAUAACCUCCUGGGUCACCCAAAGACUCGUGCCUUUGUGUCCCAUGGUGGCACCAAUGGAAUCUACGAGGCUAUCUACCAUGGGGUGCCUGUGUUGCUUCUGCCACUUCUCUUUGACCAGUUUGACAAUGCAGUUAGAUUGGAGGUUCGAGGAGCAGCUCGUGUGGUAGACAUUGGCACACUAACUUCAAAAGAGUUCCUUGAAGCCCUCCAAGAUGUCAUUAGGAAUCCAUCUUACCGAAACACCAUGCAGAAGCUGUCAGAACUUCAUCGUGAUUGGCCUCUUUCUCCCCUGGACAGUGCCAUCUUCUGGAUCGAGUAUGUCUUAAGACACAAAGGAGCUCGACACUUGAGCUCAGAGGCGAAUAAUUUACCAUGGUACUCCUACCACAGUCUAGAUGUGAUAGUUUUUCUUACAGCCAUUAUUUCCGCAGCACUCUGGGCCUCAAUAACUCUCUGCAGGCUGCUUUGUUGUAGGUCAAACAAGAAGCAGAAGAAAGACUGAACUGAAGUUGAGCUCUCCAAACACUUGUAGGCACUCAAUCUAUGCAGAAUUCCAGAUA